AUGUCGCUGCGCAUCGUCCCCGCCAACUCCAACCCCAAAACCUUCUCCCACACUUCGCACUCCUCGUCUGCGCCCUCCGCGCCCGGCGUUCACGACACCCUCCGCCACGGCGUCGGCAUCAACCCCCACGACGCCAAGUCCAACACACCCGUCUCCGCCCAUCCCCUCGAGGCCCGCCUCAAGAACUGGGAGGCUACUCAGGAGGCCCUGCGUAUGGAGACCCUGCGACGCACCUUUGGUAUCGCCGAGCCUAUUCGCCGCGGCAUGGAGCUCAAGAUCGUCCGCGAUGGCGAGUGGCGGCCCAUGGCCCUCGCUGGUGGCCUCCCCAGCCUCCACGAGGAGAUUCUCAAGGGCCGUGAGGAUAUGAUUACCUGGGAGGACAUCUACACUGGCGAUGAGACUAGGGGUGUUGCCGGUUUCCACGAUGAGAUGGAGAAGAAGCUCAAGAUUCAGUAA